AUGUUCCGCAACGCCCUCAAAAAGACCCCGCACGACAUCGUCCUCCUCUCCGCCGUCCGCUCCCCCAUAACCCGCGCCUUCAAGGGCGGCUUCCGAGACUCCCACCCAGAGGACAUCCUCAUCCCCGUCCUGCAAGCCUCCCUGGCACGCGCCAACAUCCCAGCGGACAGCAUAAACGACGUCCUGAUCGGCAAUGUGCUUGCGGAACUCGGGUUCGCGAAAACCGGCCGCACAGCGCUGAAUGCCGCGGGGUUCGAUCCACGCAAGACAACGUUCCACACGGUCAACAGGCAGUGCAGUAGUAGUCUCCAGGCAAUCACGCAUAUUGCGCACGCGAUUGCCGUCGGGCAGAUUGAGGUGGGGAUUGCGGGGGGCGUGGAGAGCAUGAGUAGGAAUUAUAACCCCAGUCGGGGGAUUCCGAGGGAUGUGAGUCCGUUGUUGGUAGGGUGUGGGGUCAAGGAUGCGAGCGAUUGUCUGUUGCCGAUGUUGGUGACGAGCGAGAAUGUGGCGAGGCGGUAUGGGGUUAGGAGGGGGGAGCAGGAUGCGUUUGCGGCGGAGAGUCAGAGGAAGGCGGGGCGCGCGCAGGAGGAGGGGAGGUUUAGUGAGAUUGUGCCGGUGAAUGCGAUUCGGGUUGACGGCGAGACGGGGGAGGAGGCGUUUGAGGUCGUGGAGAGAGAUGAUGGGGUGAGGAAGGGCGUUACGGUUGAGAAGUUGGCGGCGUUGAAGCCGGUUCUGGAGGGGGGCGCUUCGACUGCUGGGAACUCGUCUCAAAUAUCCGAUGGCGCCUCGAUUACAAUCCUUGCCAGCCGCGCUUGGGCUGAAUCAAACGGGUACAAGCCUAUUGCCCGCUUCGCUGGAACCCAGGUUGCAGGCUGUGCCCCGGAUGAGAUGGGCGUCGGGCCCAUCGACGCAAUCAGGAAUCUGUACAAGUACAGCGGGAUCUCGCAAAGUGACGUGGAUAUAUUCGAGCUCAACGAGGCGUUCGCAAGCCAGAGUAUCCACUGUAUCAGAGAGCUGGACAUCGAUAUGGCCAAGGUCAACCCGAAUGGAGGCGCAAUUGCGCUUGGUCAUCCGAUCGGAGCUACGGGCGCGAGGCAGACAGCUACACUACUUGCAGAGUUGGAGAGGAGCGAUAAGGAGGUUGGAAUUGUGAGUAUGUGUGCCAGUACGGGAAUGGGUGUUGCGAGUUUGUUUGUUAGGGAGUAA